UCAACAUUUAUGUGUGUCAACUUCAAGGCUUAUUACACAGUAAGUAAAUUGGAUAUAAUAAUGAGAAUUGGAUCUUGAAAUCUCUCACAUCUCUGCAACAACAAAGCUCAGAUCUCUUUCACGAUGCAAACUCGAAACUACGACCAAGUCUCUCAAAAAUCACUCAAAAUCAAGCAUGAAGAUAAUAGAUUCUUGUCGAGGGUUGUGUCAAAAGACCCUAAUUCCGCCGCUAACUCCUCUUUUAGAGUGUAUUACGGCGGCGCUGCCGGUGCAAUUCCGUUCAGAUGGGAGUCCCGUCCCGGCACUCCAAAGCAUACUUUCUCAGAAACUUCCAUCCCUCCUCUUACGCCGCCGCCGUCUUAUUAUUCUUCCACUUCACAUUCUACCUUCAAGGCCUCUUCCAAACCAACCCUUUUGAGCUCUAUUUUCCCCCGGCGAACUUUGUCGUCCUUCUCCGCCUCUUCCUCGUCCUCCUGUUCCUCACCGUCGCCGUUCGUUAGACCGAAAUUCUUUAAGCGUCGUCGUCGUCACUCGUUGGAUUCUCAGAGCUUGCCGUUGGAGUAUAACGACAACGACAACGACGGGGAGGAGGCGAUGGGGAGCUCCAAUUCUCCGACGUCGACAUUGGGGUAUGGCGGUUGUUCGGGUAGGGGAUCAUUUUUGGGAGGUUGCUACCAGUUAGUGAGCGUGAAGAAUGCUUUGUUGACCAUUGUUGGGCAUGGAUCUACAACACGAGGCUAAUAAAACCUGAAGUCAGGGGCUGCCGUGCAGUUGCAGGAAGAUGAGAAAUUAAUGUUGAGAAAUACAAAGAAGCUAUGAUCAAAGAAGGGUAGAAUCCACAAAAUUUAUCCUUAUUCAUUUUAAAUAAUUACAUAUUUAU